UCUGUCACACAACACAAUGCCACAGAUGUCUAAAGUUUUGAGAGCGUGACUGGGGGAAUGUCUACCAGAGCGGUUGCCAGAUAAUUGAAUGUUAAUUUCUCGACCAUAAACUGCCUCCAAUGUGGUUUUACAGAAUUUGGCAGUACGUCCAAACGGCCUCGCAACCGCAGACCAAAUGUAACCACGCCAGCCCAGGACCUCAACAUCCGGCUUCUUCACCCGUGGCAUCGUCUGAGUUGGCAGGUGUCGAGCAUGGAUCUUUAUGUCAAUGCCAUGGAGAUCGUCUCUCUGCGCUCCAGAGCUGAAGCCGGAGGAGAGUAGCCCAGGGGACGUAGUAGGACAACACUGAUCCUACACGCUGAUCUUAUCAGAUCUGUAUGGCGCAUUAGGACCACACAUCGUGCCGGAGACGCACCAGGGCUGGUGGGGCUAAUCUCAACUGACGCAACACCCCUGGGCCUGGCUGAGACAGGCGUCACCCUCCGUCAACACUAGACUGUGAAUGAGUCCCAAAUGGCUCCCUAUUCUACUCCCAAAAGAGUGCCAUUUCAGACGGGUCCUGGUCAGAAGUAGUGCACUAUACAGGGAAUAGGAUGCCAUUUCAGGAGCACAGUAUCAUCAUCACUGGGCUCGGGGUUUGUUUAGAUCUGAAAUGCCGCCUGUAACGCUGUGUUGUUUGCCAUGCCCACUUCACACUUGUCAAUUCCAUGUCACAACUUUGCAGAUAUUGGAUGUUGGACAGAUGUAUAAUAUUGUUUUGUUCUUGUGACUGUGUCAAACCUCUGUGACCUUCUUUACUUCUUCCCUACAGCUAGUGACCCCCAUGACACAUGCACACACACACGCACACGUUCUCAUCAACCAAUCACAUCCCUGUAUUGGGAGGUGAGGAAAGGCGAGGAAGAGCCAAGGAUGAAGAAACCUAUAUAUUGGUGGCGCCACUAUUACGUGACACUUCGACAGGGCUGUGUUUUGUGUGUGGACCAACAGCCAUCUUCCUUCUCUGACAUCCAGACGUUGUUUUGUUUUCCAAUAGGAUAGUUGUUGAACAUCCAGUCAACAUCCAGAUUAUCACUGCUGAAUACAGCAUUGACGGAUACAUUCGGUAUACAGUUUAACCAAUAGGAAAGGUACAGACAGGGGAGAUGCUGUGCUCCCAACUGCAGGUGUUACUGGUGGCUCUAUCUGCCUCAGUGUUUCUGGCGAGGGUCAGCGCCGCUCCACACAGAGACAUGCUAGCUGAACUACUGAGAGCAGAUACAACCAAGGGCAACGAGGAUCUCUCCCGCACCCUCCUGCUGAAGAUGAUGUCGGACCUGAUGAGCACAGCCGUGGGGGAGAACGAGGUCCUACCAGACCUGGAGGAGGCACUCGGGGUGAGGGAGGAGGUGGUGCGCCAGCUACCCCUCUCCCAUCGGGAACGCAAGGCUGGAUGCCGGAACUUCUUUUGGAAGACAUUCACAUCGUGUUAACCUGCCAAGCAACCUCUUCUUUGUGCUGGAUCAUUUGAAGACAUAUUUCUUGCAAUGUCACAAAUGUAAAAUGACAGCUACUUUUCCUUUUGCACUGUUCAUGAUCAAUUAAAAGGUCUAGAAUGA